AAAAAAUUUGAGUCAAAGAGUUGGCAUCGUGGUUUAUUUAUGGUAAUAUGGUUGGUACAAUUGAAAUAAAUUUUGUCUGUUCAUGACAGUGUACUUUUUGAAAAUAAAAAUUUUCAAUUAAACAAAUAAAGUAAUAAAAAUGGGACAAAACCAUUCUGGUCCGGGUAGUGGAGAAAAGAAAGAAGAGAAGGACAAAAAGAAGAAAUAUGAACCCCCAAUUCCGACACGAGUAGGUAAAAAGAAGCGCAAAACCAAAGGUCCGGAUACUGCAUUAAAACUGCCAGCAGUCACUCCUCACACUCGAUGCAGGCUAAAAUUAUUAAAACUUGAACGAAUUAAAGAUUACCUAUUAAUGGAGGAGGAAUUCAUAAGGAAUCAAGAGCAUUUAAAGCCUCAAGAAGAGAAAAAUGAAGAAGAAAGGUCUAAGGUUGACGAUCUUAGAGGCACACCAAUGUCGGUCGGAACCCUGGAAGAGAUUAUUGACGAUAAUCAUGCUAUUGUCUCUACAUCCGUAGGAAGUGAACACUACGUUAGCAUUUUAUCGUUCGUAGAUAAAGAUCAAUUAGAACCAGGUUGCUCUGUACUUUUAAAUCAUAAGGUCCACGCCGUCGUUGGAGUCUUGGGAGAUGAUACCGAUCCAAUGGUCACAGUAAUGAAAUUGGAGAAGGCGCCGCAAGAAACUUAUGCUGAUAUUGGCGGGUUGGAUUCGCAAAUUCAAGAAAUUAAGGAAUCUGUCGAAUUACCGCUAACUCAUCCAGAAUACUACGAAGAAAUGGGUAUUAAACCACCAAAAGGUGUAAUUUUGUAUGGUGCUCCAGGAACGGGUAAAACUUUACUGGCAAAAGCGGUAGCUAAUCAAACUUCUGCUACAUUUUUGCGAGUGGUGGGAUCAGAAUUAAUUCAGAAAUAUUUGGUUAGUAUAACCGUAGUGUAAAAAAUAGAACAGUGA